GAAGUAAACCAAACGCGACCAAGCUACGUGUAGACGCCUGAAACGGGAAGAGGCCGGAGAGGGUAAGAAAGAGAGAGGGAGAAGCGCGGCCGGCAAGCGGCGGAGGCAGAGGCAGAGGGCGGCGCGUUCGCUUCGCUGGGUGGAGGGGCGGAGAUGGCCUCCAUCGGCUCCUCCAACAUCGGCUUCCAGCUGCUGAAGAAGUCCGGGUGGAAGGAGGGCACCGGCCUAGGGGCGCAGGAGCAGGGGAGGUUGGAACCAGUAGAGACUCGUGUUAAGAACAACAAGCGUGGUUUGGGUUCCAAAGAACCAAAGCCAAAGCCACUGGUCGAGGACGAAGUUGAAAAGGCUCCUAAAAGGCCCAAGCAGGACACGAUGUCAACGAAGAAGGCAAAGUUGGCUGCAAAGAGGAUACGGAAGAUGCAGGAAGAGGAGAAGCGAUUACAAGAGAAGGAAUUCGAAAUAGCUUUCUUCAGGGAAUUUUGGCCUGAUAAUGUAUAAACCACAAACCUAAUAGUGGUUUCACCUGCUGGCGUCACCUUAUAAGGCCAUUGCACAGCUUAUUGGCGUUUCAGUAGUUUUUCACUACUUUUUUGUACCGUUUCUGCUGCACACUUCCUGUCUAAAUGUUGUUAAAAUUGACCCCAGUAAUAGAUGCUUCUGCACUGUAGAGGUAUUAUUGAUCAUCAGGAGUAUGUUGUACAACAAUUGUUCGUUGAUUGACAAGAUCACUUGGAAUUAUUGAUCAUAUAAGAUUUAUUUGUGUUUCCUGAA